GGACAGGGGGAGGCCGGGCCGGGGGCGGGCAGGGCGAGGGCUGCCGGCUGCGAGCGGCAGGAGCACGCCCGGGGCCCGUCCGUGCCCGGCGAGCCGCUGGCGCUGGAGGACCGCGUGCCUGGGGCAGGCGUGGCCCCGCUGUGAGGGCUCCGGCCCCGGCGAGCACCAUGCUGCCCUCCCGGUUGUGCAUCAUGAGGAAGCUUCCUUCUGUUCUGGCUAGGACACUCACUUCUAGGACCACUGGCUCCCCAGUGCUUCUGGACAUGUUUGAAGGACAUUCACCUAUUCAUGUGAAUAAUGUGCGGAACAAGUUGAGGGAUAUAGUGGGAGCAUCUACCAACUGGAGUGAUCAUGUGCAAGCAAUGCAAGAAAGAAAAGCUCUUCAUACUUUACUGGCAAAACGUCAGGAAGACCUCCCUGCUAGGAGAAUGAAGGAUAGCUACUUGGAAGUUAUUCUACCUCUGGGAAGUCAGCCUGAAAUAAGAGAAAAGUACCUGAACGUGCACAACAGUGUGAGGUUUGGAAGGAUACUUGAAGAUCUUGACAGUUUAGGAGUUCUUAUUUGCUACACUCACACCAAGCAGGAAAUGCAGCCAAAGUCUCCCUUAUCCAUAGUCACAGCUCUGGUGGAUAAGAUCAAUUUGUGCAAGAAGAUUAUAUAUCCAGACUGUGACAUCAAAUUCACAGGCAAUGUUUCUUGGGUUGGGAAGACCUCAAUGGAAGUGACAAUGCACAUGCUGCAGCUGCAUGAUGGUGAUUACAGCCCUGUGUUAGAUGCAACCUUUGUCAUGGUGGCCCGGGAUCCAGAGAAUAAACGGCCAGCAUUUGUUAAUCCACUCGUUCCUGAGAGUCCUGAGGAGGAAAAAAUCUUCAAGCAAGGGGAAUUGAACAAGCUGAGGAGGAUUGAUUUCAGCACUGCUUCCUUACUGAAAAUGGCUCCCACUGCAGAAGAAAGAAACAUCGUGCAUGACAUAUUCCUUAAUACUUUGGACACAAAGACAGUAAGUUUCCGGAGUCGUAAAUUGCCACCCAAUUCAGUGUGGAUGGAAGAUACAAAGCUAAAAGGCCUACAGAUCUGCCAUCCUCAGGAACGGAACAUCUUCAAUAGAAUCUUUGGGGGUUUUCUCAUGAGAAAGGCAUUUGAACUGGGAUGGGCAACUGCUUGCAGCUAUGGGGGUUCCAGACCCUUUAUUGUAUCUGUUGAUGAUAUCAUGUUUCAGAAGCCAGUUGAGAUUGGAUCCUUAUUAUUGCUUUCUGCACAGGUCUGUUACACUGAAAAAAACUACAUCCAGAUUCGAGUGCACACUGAAGUUUAUGAUGCAAAUACCAGAGAGCACCAUACUACCAAUAUCUUCCAUUUUACAUUUAUAUCAGAAAAUGAGGUCCCACGGGUUGUACCUAAUACAUAUGGAGAGUCCAUGUUGUAUUUGGAUGGGAAGCGACACUUUGAUGCGGUCAUGAAAGAAAUCUGACAGGCACUGGGUUCUGCAUCAGCAAUGUAGCAGCACUGUCUUGGAAAGAGAUGGCUAAAGGACAGGUGCUUUUAAUACUCAAAAACCCCCCAACAACCACCCAAAACCAAACCAAACCAUAAAAUAACAAACCCAAACUCUACAACAAACCCCACUUUUUUAGUGCUCCUUUUGUAUUUGCAUAUAUCUGGAUUUUUUUAUUGUUUGCUACUAGAAUUUGUUGAAAUCUACUUUUACAUGCCAAUGCUAUGAAAAAAGGCUGAAAAAAUACAGUAUUAGCUUUAGAUAGCAUCUCUUUUUCUACUUUGAGAGAUCUCAUUACAAGUUUUGCUGUCUUGUCACCAUCUGCCUUUUUUCCCUUAGUAGCUCUCCUUUGUGUUUCCCUGAUAAUGAAUAGAAGUUCUGUCAGAAAAACGUGUGCAAUGAGUAGAUACACACAGGUGGAGCAAUUUGACCUAGAUUCAUGUGUGAUUUAGCUUUAAGGUCAUAAUUUUUUUUUAAACAAGGACACAUAUAUCUAGGCAGCAGCAUAAGAUCAGAAGUUAUCAGUGUAUACACAAUGUAAAACAGGUGUUUCCCAUCAGUGGGGAUUUUACAAGGUUAUUGCAGCUUCUGUUUUGGAUGGAUGCACGUUCCCUUGGGAGGAAACUGAUUUUUGCAAUGAAAUGAGGUGGCCAGGUGGUAUCUUCUGGCAUUCUGUUUGUGUACAGCCAGUCCUUGCCAGCCUCUUCUAACUUUUGUUUUGUUUUAAUAUAUAACAGUAAGUCAGUUCCUUAGUGAAUUAUUUCUCAUGUCCUGGAGACUAGAGAUCUGAUUGGUAGGUUUGGGUGGGACUGGGAAAUGGCACUGUAGAACAGAACAUUUUUGUUUAUUAAGGAUUGGGAACAAAAAAGGUGAAAUGCUGCUCAAAUGGUAAUGGUGAUUGAUGUUGGAGUUAGGGAUCUAGAGAAUCUGUGCUGAGCAGCUCCCAAGUCAGCUGCUGAAUGGUGGGAGGAUCUGUAACCCACUGAGGGGUGGUACAGCUGGAGGACAGGCUUCUCCUCAGCCGGAUUAUUGAUCUGGUUCCUUGGUGGACUGAAACAUAGUAUGAAUAUUGCAUAGGUUGUCAAGUUUACCUUGGAGGUAAAGGACAGAGGAUUUUCCCACCACAGAGGGGACACGAUGGUGGACAUAACUAUGGCAACAGGAAGUAACAGGAAGAAAGUAAUGGAUACUGAAAUGCUUCUGAUGUAAUGGAGAAAGUUGUAAUAAUUUCCAGUAUCUGGCAGAUAAAGUCCAACAUCCUGAGAUCAGGAAGGUGAGGGGAUAGGAGGCAUCAGCUUUUAGCGUGAGUAUAAUUAUCACAAGCACAAAACUAGACCUCUGAUACCUUCACAUCAAGACUGAUAUCCUGUCUGAUCAAGACACCCAGAGAGGAGUUGAGCUCAGUGGUAGUUAAAUGGAUGAAAUGUGAUGCCUUAUAAAACACAAGAACAGACUCUGGCUUUAGAUAAAAGGUUGAUAAAAUAAAGCAGCAUGUUACGCUUUUAUUUCUGAGUAAGACAAUCUGAGAAAUUCAUAAUUAGGACCAGUUUCCUUUGGUGCUAGAAUGGCAUGAAGUUCAUGGCUCCUGACAGCUGAUUGCUGUUCCUGUGAGGAGAGUGAGCGUUGUAAUAACCAGCAUGUUGCACAUCAGCCUUUUCUUUCUAAGACUCAGCUGCUGUUACUGAUGAGUUGGAUCAACAGCUCUCCAGUGGAGGCACAGGGGUGUUGCCUGCUCAGAUCAGUGCGUUGCCAUGAUAGUAACCUCUUGGUUCCUGCUGUGGAGUUUCUUUCUUCAACCAGUGCUGACUCAGAUGUAUGAUUUUAUAAUCUUUUUCUUUAAUGAUUUUGAUGCUGUGGAGAUAUGUUGUAUUUUCUGGGUUUCUCCCUUUUAAAACUCUUUGGAAACUGAAUAUACUUGACUGACUUCACAAAUAAAAAACUGAAAUUCUGUCUUAUCUUAUUCCCCCCACACUGCAGGGAUCCAUGUUCACUGUUAAAAAUUAAAUAGGAAGGUGGGAAGUGGAGGGAUAUAUUUCAGAACUAUGUAUUACUCCUAACUAUCUGCAGGUUUUUAUUUUUGACCCCAGUGGUCCUACCUGGGUUACUUUUUUAUAGCACUUGUAAGUUAAGGGGAUACAAAAUGCUUCCUCUACUGCCUUUUCAGCUGCAUUUAAAAAAAAAAAAUUAUCCUAAUUUCUAAAUUCAGCCUUCGGGAAGGGAUGGGAGAGGAGAAGAAGAGGUUAUAGGGUAGGGAGGAAGGCAUGACAUCAGAACCUCUGGGCAGAGUGAAGAAGAUGAAUCCUUCAAAUUAAGAUGCUUAGAAAAAGUGUGUUCUCAAACUUCAUGAUAUCUUAAUCAAAUACCACAAUGACAGUAUUUACAGAAAUGUAUGUACAGACAUACAGAAUGUGUGUGUAAAUAUAUACACAUAUGUAAAAAAUACUGUAUAUCUUUCUGUUUAUUACUAUAUAUAUGACCUCCUGUAUUUUUUCACUCUGAGAAAGUAACUCCAAGUUGUCACUCUCUAGUGAUAGGCUGCAUGUAUCUUUGUUCAAGGGUAUGCAUGCUGCUUUAUACCUUUGUGUGUGAGAGAAAAUUGUUCUCAGAUCUCAGAAUAUUUUAACAUGGUAGUAAUGUUGGGUUUAUGUUGCAACUUAAUGUCCAGCCCCUCACCGCUGUCGGUGACUAACCAUUACCACAGAAGCAUAAAGGAAUUGGUAGAUAAUGUUUGUAUUUAUAGUAAGCCUGUCUAUAUAACUGACUGUGGCUCUGUAGCAGGAAGUUAUUGUUUCUGUGGCCAUCAUGUCUUGGAAUAUUGUGAGGAGGAGGAGCAGGAUUGCCUCCCCUAACCUGCUUGCUUAAUGGUGAUAUAUGAAAGGAGAUCUCUGGGGGACUGGUUGAGCUCAGUGACCAAGGAAGUGCUUGCUUUUAGAUGUUUUUAUUUUUCUGUGGUUAAAAAAUAUAUUAAAAUUAUUACUCAAACUUA